GGUCGGUGGGCAGCGGGCUGCCGGUGAUUGACCAGCUUCUCUCCCUGAUCUGUCAGCCGGCUGGCUUGGCGCCUCCCCUCCCCUCUAUAAAUGUAGGCAAUCUAUUCAUUCCUUUCACACCGAGCUUGCCGAAGUAAGAGGAACUGUGAGGCUCCACGGGAUGUGUUGACAGACUAGAAUUCCGCCUUUUGGUUGAUCUCGCUCUCUCGCUCAUUCGCGACUGCAGUAGCUACUACCGUAUUUGCAUUGCUUUUGUAUUAUCUCAAAUACCUCCGCUACCAGUAGUAGAAUUGUUUUGCUUUUUUUCUCCCCGUUGCUUCUUUCUGAGCCGCUGGUUAUCUAAGAUGAAGGCUGUUACUCCAGUCCACCCUCAGGACUCCUCCUCCAACAGCAACCAGCUCUCCCUGCACUAUCUGUCGAAGCAGAGCCUCAACAUCGCCCGGUGCAGGAUGGAAGAGGAGGACCUUUUCUGCCUGCAGUACGACAUGAACGACUGCUACAGCCGACUCAAGCGCCUGGUGCCCACCAUUCCGCAGGAUAAGAAAGUCAGCAAAGUGGAGAUCCUCCAGCAUGUGAUAGACUACAUCCUGGACCUGCAGCUGGCCCUGGAGACGCACCCUUCUCUCCAUAAACAACAGCCACAGCGGACCGGGACCUGCCCUUCUCCAGCCUCCAACCCCAGCAGGACACCGCUGACGGUGCUCAACAUUGACCACCACCAGAGGACGUCAAUAGUCAAAAAGCCGGAGGACUCGAUUUUAUGCCGCUGAGACAUGAGCACUGCAUUGGUGUGCAGGCUGCACAGAGCCGCUCCAAAGCCAGCAAAGCUUCGCCAGGGACUCACACCCAACUGGAGGCACAAUCACAAGGGGAUUUCAAAACCGCUGGGAGGAAUUAAACCCAAAUAAAAUCACUAUUCAUAUCAGCUUUUUUUUUUUUUUUUUUUAUUUUUAAUUUCAAUGAACAAGGACUCAGUAUGUAGACAUCUCCCACUCCUUACUCCUGUUUAAGUUGCUCCCACUGUACUUCUCGUCACAUUUUUUUUUCCCUAAGAGUAAAACUAUGGUAUCUCCCCCUCCACACACACACACACACAGAAGAUUUUUUCGUUGGAAUCCGUCUGUUAACAGCUAUGAAAACUGUUUGUGAACUGUGCUUAAAAAACUUAACUAAAAUGACUCCAGUUUAAAGCUUUACUAAACUGCGAAAAUCAUUGUACAUGUUUUGGACAUCUAUUGUUUAAAAUAGAUGAUUUGUGUUGAACAGGGAUGUCAUCCCUGGUAUCUUAAAAUGUUUGAUAUUGUAAAGAAGAACAAUUCUGAUUCGAGACAAUUACGAUUGUAAAUAUAGAGACGCAAAUGUUCUAUAAAAGUAUGUGAAAGGAAGACUUAUAUGCUUAUAAUAGACUAUUGUAAUUAUAAGAUAUUUUUAUUAAAACCUUUUUUUUUUGUCGUUAUGUAAAUAUUGUGUUUCCACUUUAGUGAAUGGACGUGGUCACGCUCUGCCAAUAAUGUCCUCACACAUGAUGAUAUCAGUUAACUCUUUGCAGUGUUUUUGGAAUAGUUUAAUAUGUAGCAUGUCAGGCGCAUUGCAGAGAUGUUGAAUGUGCACUGAAGCAGCCCUCACUGUGUAGAUACGUGGUGGAGUUCAACACAAGUUCUUUGAUUAUUAUUCUCCCUGCUCAGCUUUCUCUUUAAUUGUUUUCUACUCAUUAACUAUGACAACUUUCGGCUCGGAGAGAUGGGCCAGUCUGCUGUUUGAUCUUUUUUAUUAUUAUUAUAUUUUUUUUUUUUUCAUGAACAGAAAGAAGGCUUGAUUUGAUAUUCUGUUACAUUGCACUCUAGUUAAAAGUUAUCUAAGCGUCACAGCACUUCUGACAGGGUUUACAAUGUAGUACCUAAAAAAAAAAAAAAAACGUGAAGAAAAAAAAAUCACAGCAAUGCAAUGUUUCAGUUUUAUUUGUGCAGUCAGAGCUUCUCCUUGAGAAGUUAAUGAUUGACAACAGGAAAUCAUUAAACUUUUGUUACAAAUUGGUGAAAUAUGUGAACAUUAACAGACCUGCUCUUCAAUAGGUUAUGAAAUGAUUUCCCCGUUGGAGAGUGGGCAGCGAUUAUUAAUGUAAAGAAGGAAAAAAAAAAGAAAAGAAAAGAAAGAAAAGCCUUUAUUUUUCAUGACAUUAAACACCGAAUUUACCUCACCACCCUCCUGCCAGUGUGAGAGGGCACUUGUACAUUACUGUCAGCUGCACUGUUGGAUUUGACCUUCACUGGCUUGUGAGGAGUUGUCAAAACAAUUAAAGUUUCCAGGAAGAA